UCUAUAAUCGUUCAACAGUUUACUUUUAAAAGUCGAGGUUUAUAUUUCAUUUGGAAUCAAUAUUAAAAUCAAUAUGAAAUACUUUGCUGUUUUCGCGCUGCUGUGUUGUCUUUCAGGAGCAGCCAUGGCCCAAGUUAAAAAUCCAAUUUGCGCCGAGGAGUUCGGUGCAUUUGGAGUCUGUCACGGCAGGAUUCCGAAGUGGACCUAUCGCCGGGAUACAAACGAGUGCAUCAACUUUUUUUACACUGGCUGUAAGGGAAACCAAAACAAUUUCGAAACCAAGCAGCAAUGCGAGCAGUCCUGCAAAAAGUAGGAGCUAUCUGAAUAUUCUUCAUUCAUAAUAUCAUAUUAUAUUUUUGUGGCAAAAUAAAACCUAUUUUUACCUGACAA